GCAUCGAUAUCUCCACCCGGCUCCCCGCUCGGCGGAUCAUCGACAAUGUCGCAUUUCGACCCGAGUCAAUUCCAGUCCUUUUCCGUUAAUCAAGCAAAAGGCCUCAGAGGCUCCCAGAGGGCAAGUCAAUUACUUGGAAACGAUUCCUCGAGCUCGACAUCGUCCAUCAGGGACGCCAAAGACUCUCGCCUCUUGGUUCUCUCCAACUCUAUAUACGGAGCAGCGCUCGCCUCGCAGUUGAUGCUGCACAACAAUGACGGAACAGGAGGAAGCACUUCGAAUCUAACUGGGCGACAGAAAGUCUCCUCUAUCUAUGGCUCGGUCUAUCAGCCCAACGGCGGCACUUCGCCGGCGGCAAACUCGGUCUCGUCCUACAGCUCGCUUGUGGCAGAAAGUAAGAAGAAGAUUCCAAAAGAGCAAAAACCUUCAAAGGACUCGAGAGCUCGCCGGCCAAGUUCCCCAGCAAGUUCCAGUCUCUCACCCAAGAACUCCAUUGGCAGCUCCGAUCUCGGGGCCCCCUCGCCAUUCAUCAGUCGUCAGUCAAGUAUCAAAGGCUUCAGAAAACAUCCACAAUCUGCGUCGCAAGACUUUCCAGCGGCGCCACGCUUUUCCAAGCUCGCCGAUGAGAGAUCACGAUCGGCGAUCGCCAAGACACAUAGUGUUGGCAGUGGCGAUCUCAUCAAUCCUGUCGAGAGCAAUACAUCAUCCAGCUCGUUGAUGGCCCCCAAGCAGUAUUAUACGACAACCAAUGCGUCGGGGUCGCAAAUCCUGGACAGCUCCCUGCGCCAGUUUGCACCCUAUAAAAGUGCCUCGAGCCGCGACUAUGCUUCGUCCGAGUCGAUUCCCACAAAAUCGAUGAGGACCGUGGCUUCCACGACCCGAUCACAGCAGUACAAAUCCGAAAACGACCCGCGCAGAUCUUCAAGGUCGAAGCAUCGAACGGAACGAAGCCAAGACGACGAUCUGGCAUCUUCAAGAUCCCCCACGACCGAGGAUAUCAACAGCCUUCGCAUGCAGAUCCAGGGGCUGCAGAGUCAACUCGACAGCAAGAAGAAAGAGGCCAGCACCCGCUCCAGCACCUCGUCUUAUGAUGGAAGCGCCGCCGAAAAGCCAAAGAAGACGAAAUGGGGACUGAUCCACAAAAUACGUAAGCUCUUCAUGAAGUCAAAAUCAAAGAAAGAGUCCAGCUCAGGAUCUUCGUAUGCGACGGAUUCUGCACCAGCGUCGGCGCCGGCGUCAGCCCCGGUGCUCGUUCGGGGAUCGGAUCGGAUGUGAGUGUUCGGGCGGAAAGGGUGCUGUCGAGUGUCGCAGCUGUCUCUGGUGAUCCCGCGGCGGAAUAUCGACUGGAAUAUCGACGUUGCCAUGCUCUGGUCCGAGCCGCCGAGGCCAAGAAAACCGGC